AUGAUGUCCUUCAUCCCUCUGCUUCUGGUGGGCAUCCUGUUCCCUGCCAUACAGGCCAGGCAAUUGACAAAAUGUGAACUUUCCCAGAUGCUGAAAGACCUAGAUGGCUAUAGAAACAUCACGUUGCCUGAAUGGAUCUGUACCAUAUUUCAUAGCAGUGCUUAUGAUACACAAACCAUGGUCAAUAACAAAGACAGCACAGAAUAUGGACUCUUCCAGAUCAGUAAUAAAAUUUGGUGCAGUGACCACCAGAUCCCUCAGUCAAGGAACAUCUGUGACAUUGCCUGUAACAAGUUCCUGGAUGAUGACCUGACUGAUGACAUCAUGUGUGCCAAGAAGAUCAUGGACAGUGAAGGAAUUGGCUACUGGUUGGCCCAUAAACCACUCUGCUCUGAUAAUCUGGAACAGUGGCUCUGCAAGACAUCAUGA